AUGUGUGGUCGUUUCAACCUCUUAUUACCAGCCAACCAUAAUACAAUACCGCUGUCCAAAUGCUGCGUUGAGGGUACACUCUGGGACGGCGAGCCUGUAGGACAAGAGAAAACGUAUGCGGGCCAAUGGACAUACGUGUCUGGAAAUAACAAUCAAGUCGCCAUUUGGAUAGUGUAUGACGCGUUUGGUUUCGGUGGCGAGGUGCUUCCGACGGAAAUCCUAAAGGAUACGUCGCAACUAAAUAAGAUCGACUUGCCUGGGUUUUUGAGUCGCAACUCAAAGGAGAUUCGAGAACCUGAGCUUCUCAGCGGCAAUGGCUUAGUGGACUGCAUCUCAACAGCACAUCCGUCGUUGUUGGAGAUGGAAAUAGAAAAAGUGGGUGUGCCAGUUCAGAUCCUCGCGCCUGAGAACAAUUUCAUGUUUUUGCCAGACAUGAAGGCAUUCGUUAACAUGGUGAUUCCGAACUUAGGGGUGCCGUACGACUACCAGCAUUUUUCCGGGGUGGAGCACGGGUUCGCAACGAGAGGCGAUAUGAAUUCCCAUGAAUACAACGCCGCAGUUCGGGCUCAUUGUGCUACAAUCGAUUGGUUUAAGCUAUGGUUACAUAAACAACCGGAUUGGAAUCAAGGGGUUUGA